AUGGCACUGGACAAUAGGAGACAGGAUUUAUCAUCUGCAAACCUGAUAUCGGAUGCUCCUGACGAGAUAGACAUUCGAGUGAAUACAGUCUUGUAUCUGCUCGUAUUCGCUAACCUAUGGACGAUUUUAAUGACUAUAAUCCCUGUAUUCGCAAAUGACAUCCCGCUAUACGAUGCAUCUCAUCCUGGCUGGUACACAUCAAACGACGUAGUACGCAUCAUAGAACCAAUCGGCACACUCCCCUUCCAAUUCUUCAUACUGCUUGAAUCUCGGAUAUUCGAAGUUGGAUCCCGAACAGAAAUCGUCCUCGUAUCCCUAUGCUUCACAGUCUCAGCAGCCAUUUACCAACAGGGCGCUGGUUUCCACAGUGCAGCAAACAUGUUCAAGCAUGUAUUUGAAGACGCGCUGGCUAUACCGUCAACGUCUGGAGCACUGACUGUGUUGCUGAAUGAUGGUUAUGUAUAUACGAGGACCACGUGGGAGCAUUACGUCGGCCACUACCUAUACGCCAUCGGCGGCAUCCUCGUCUCAUUCACACACGCAUACGCUUACCGCAACGUCAAAAUCAAGGCUGGCCUAACAACACCAUCGCAAAAAGUCCUCUUGUGUCUUGCGAUAAUCAUCUAUGGACUUAUUAUCGGAUCGGUGGCUGUCGAAUUCCCAAAGGGGGUCAUUGUCGCGCUUGUGCUGAUAAUAGUGUAUGGAUUUGGGGUGUUGGGGACGGUGCUUGUGAGGUCGAAAUCAGUGUUUAGCUGGGGCACAAGGAUUAUGCUGCAGUACUUUUUCUAUGCGUAUUGUAUAUCGCUGGUUAUUGUUAUUGGGUGGAUGAUUCAUGUGAGAGGGAUUGCUGAUAGAGUAGAGUCGACUGGUGGUGUGUCGUAA